UCUAGUACCUAUCAUAGAAUAAGAACACUACUAGUUAGUGCAACAAACUGAAGGAAACACCAUGGGUGUCCUGACACUGGUUCAUAUCCUUAUCAGCUUCACGGUUUGUGCUGAAGCUCUAAGGAGAGCAGACUUCCCUCCAGGUUUUGUAUUUGGCACGGCUUCUUCAGCUUACCAGUAUGAAGGCGCUGUCAACGAGGGUCAACGUGGACCUACAAUAUGGGAUACUAUCACAAGACGACCUGGACGGGUGAUAGAUUUCAGCAAUGCAGAUGUUGCUGUUGAUCACUACCAUCGUUACAAGGAAGAUGUGGACUUGAUGAAGGACAUUGGCAUGGAUGCGUACCGGUUCUCUAUCUCAUGGUCCCGUAUCUUUCCAAAUGGAACUGGUGAACCUAAUGUAGAAGGAUUGAAUUACUAUAACAGCCUCAUAGAUGCUCUGCUAGACAAAGGUAUACAACCAUAUGUAACACUUUUUCACUGGGACCUUCCGCAAGCACUAGAAGACAGAUAUGGUGGAUGGUUACACUCCCAAAUCGUGGAUGAUUUUGUUCACUAUGCCUCUACAUGCUUCAAGGAAUUUGGAGAUAGAGUGAAACACUGGAUCACUUUUAAUGAGCCCCAUAAUUUUGCGAUUGAAGGAUAUGAUCUUGGCAUCCAAGCACCUGGGAGAUGUUCCAUUCUGGCGCAUAUGUUCUGUAGGGAGGGCGAAUCAUCAACUGAACCAUAUAUUGUCGCUCACAACAUACUCUUAGCACAUACUGGUGCUUUUCAUACUUACAAGCAGCGUUUCAAGAAUGAACAAGGAGGUCUCAUUGGAAUCGCACUUGAUUCAAAGUGGUAUGAACCAUUGUCAGAUGUCGAUGAGGACACAGAGGCAGCAGCACGAGCAAUGGACUUUGAGCUUGGAUGGUUCCUGGAUCCCUUAAUGUUUGGCCACUAUCCUCCUUCUAUGCAGAAACUUGCAGGCGACAGGCUGCCUCAGUUUUCAACUCAGGCUUCAAAGUUAGUAUCGGGUUCGCUAGAUUUUGUGGGCAUAAACCACUAUACCACAUUGUAUGCUAGGAACGACAGAAUGCGGAUCAGGAAACUUAUAAUGAAUGAUGCUUCAACCGACGCUGCCGUCAUACCAACUGCAUACAGGCAUGGAAAGAAAAUAGGAGAAACGGCAGCAUCAAGAUGGCUGCACAUAGUUCCCUGGGGCAUGUUCAAGCUGAUGAAGCACAUCAAAGAAAAGUAUGGGAAUCCGCCUGUGAUCGUUACUGAAAACGGCAUGGAUGAAUCGAACCUCCCAUUCUCGAGACUGGAGAGUGUUCUGCAGGAUUAUAAACGGAUACAGUACCACAACGACUACAUGUCAAACCUCCUAGAUGCUAUAAGGAAGGAAGGCUGCAACGUCCACGGUUACUUCGUGUGGUCACUGCUCGACAACUGGGAGUGGAACUCUGGGUACACGGUGCGGUUUGGCCUCUACUACGUCGACUACAACAACAACCUGACGAGGAUACCCAAGGCGUCCGUCGAGUGGUUCAGCCAGGUCUUGGCCCAGACCCAGAAGACGGCUAUAAUGUAGUAGACCAUUUGGGGGUCAGCCUGCCUGGCAGCGAGAUUCUACGAUGGCCAUUGGUUAGGUGUGGUGGUGUACAUUACGCAGGCACCAUUUGUACACGCAUACAUGCUACAGUAGAUAGAUUGUGAUCAUUCUCAAUGUAUAUAACUGCCAUUUGUGCGACCUUCAACGACACUGUUGAAUGUGUCGCUAUGCUUGUUCCACAUUGAUAUUGCAGAAACCAAUGGGAUCGUGAAUUGCAGUGCCCAAA